AUGAGUUUAUUCAACUCAGCUCUUGGAAGAAAUAUCACCUUUGUUCGUCCUGCUUAUUUCAUAAUAAGUGGAUUCAUCGGCUUACCGUAUAUGAAGUAUUACUAUGUGUUUCUUCUUUUUGUCUACAUUGUUUCAGUUCUUGGAAACACGGCUGUUAUGGCUGUAAUAUAUCUGGAUUAUAGCUUAAGAACUCCAAAGUAUGUUGCUGUUUUCAACCUGGCCCUUGUGGAUUUGUUGGAGAGCACUGCUCUGGUGCCCAAAGUGCUUGACAUCUUUUUAUUYGAUCACUUCAAUAUUCUGUACAAUGAUUGUUUGACAUUCCUGUUUUUCUGCUAUGCUUGUCUUUCAAUGCAGGCUCUUAAUCUGGUUGUUCUCUGUUAUGAUCGGCUGGUAGCCAUCAUGUUUCCUCUUCACUAUCAAGUGAAGGUUAAUAAUGGAUCAAUGAUUUAUUUGAUUGCAUUUUCUUGGAUUUUUACAAUAAUUACCACCUUAGUUACAGUUUGUUUACUCACCCGACUUUCCUUCUGUGAGUCUGUAGUUAUUAACAGCUAUUUCUGUGACCAUGGUCAGAUAUUCAAACUUUCAUGUAAUGAUAACUAUCCCAGUUUUGUCAUUUCUUAUGUGAUGCCAUUUAUUUUUGUGUGGAUUCCUUUUGUAGUAAUCUUGUCCAGUUAUAUUUGUAUUGGCUAUGCUUUAUCUAAAUUAGCUUCAUUUCAAGAGAGAGCAAAAGCCUUUAAAACAUGCACAGCUCAUCUGUCUUUAGUGAUAAUAUAUUUUAUUCCAAUUUUAAUCACUUUUACCAUGAGUGCAAAAAUACACCCAAAUGCCAGAAUUAUAAAUUUAUCUUUGGCCUCAGUUCUUCCUCYCAUGUUGAACCCAAUAAUUUAUGUUUUACAGACACAAGAAAUCAAAUUUUCAAUGAAGAAAAUAUUAAAAAGGAGGCAAGUGAGACUUGCGCUCCCUGGUGAAGCUUAG